CAGGAAUCUAUCUAAAUGCAAGGAAUACAGGAGAUAAUAGAAAUAUUGAAACUAAUGUUAUUUUACAGUCAUGACCUUCAACAAAGAUUAUCCAGAGAUAAGCUUUUGCUACUACUCAUAUCUUUGAGUAUGCUAUUAUCACAAUCCUCACAGCAUGAUAAAAGCAAGAAAACACAAAUGUCAUCUGUCAUCUGAUGUCAUCUAUGACAGAGAUAUCAGAUUUUGUUUCCCACAGAAGAGCUGCUGUAAAUAAAUUCAGACAGCAUGAAACUAUGAGAAUGAAUAAGAACUAAAAUAUUUCUGUUAAAAUUCACAGGUAUGUUCCUCUCCAUUCCUCCGGCUUUCCUUAGCCUAUUUGAAAGUGGUCUCGGAGCCAAAAUCAGCGCUGAUCGUUUGAAGAGGAGGGGGAGGAGAAUUUUGGCAUCAGCAAGGGCGUGGAGAUUGCCUUACAUUUCGUUCCUACUAUACGGAGCAGGUCUUGAUGCAAAGCUGACCUGACAACGCGCAUAUGUCCAGUAGGGAUUGCCCAGUGGCAGCCGUUGAGGUUGCGAAUAUGGGAUCCGAAAUGCUUAGUCUUCCAAAGCAAUGAUAAGUUGGCUAUUCACGGCUAUCAUCAACAGCUUUGCUGAACGACUUUAACGCCGAUAGACAGCAUUGCAUCUUGCCAGAGGAAUGGAAGGUCAGCAUCUUGCUCUCAGAAUUGGCCCAGUAACACUUUUGGCCACUUCUAACAAGUAAUUGGGUAGGGGUUGAUGUGAAAAUAACUAUGGACUAACAUCCAAUGUAUUAAUAUAGAGAAGAAAGACUAGAUCUAUUCAUAAAUAGAAUUUGCUUUUGUUAUUUCCCUAAUCAGCAGCCUUGCCUUUAUUUACACUGUAUACAUAUAUACAUACAAUACAAUCAAUGAGAUAUUAUUAGCUGGAGGGGGUCAGAUAGUUGCUUUGUGCUUAUGAUCUGGGUACAAAACUUGGUGUUGAGCUUGCAGCUUGCAGGUUGAGGCGAGCAGUAAAUAAAUAGCUUACAAAUCAUCCAACUUGUUAAUACCAACUAGGGCUCAGUUAUUUACUAAAUAACACUCACUCACAGUUCUUCUUCCAUGCUGCACCGGCUGCAACAACUAGUUUUUGUGGAGGACAGAACUUUAUUAUGUCGUAUGUACGUACAGUACAUUGGGACACCAUGCUCAACCUUAACUACCUGAAACCUAGGGCUCGCUCGCUCCCCUUGGAAUUUUCGACAGUCCGUCAUGGACACCUCUGUCACAUAUUCGACACACAGAGAAAAUGUAUGGAUAGCAUGAACGGAUCACCCAGUCCUAUCAAAGGUUGUGUUGUGCGGCAGGAUUUGGCCUGCAGCAGCUCGGACACUUGGUGAGAACUAAGUAACUCAUAUCUGGGGCAUGGUCAAGCAUGGUCCAGUCCUUAAUCCUGGCCUAGUCCGCCAGCGGUGAGAAGAGAGAGCAACCACGCGCAUCAAAUAUCCAAUUCCCGUCUGGGACGGGGGCGGUGAUUGUGGACGCUGCGGGGUGGGGAUGGAAACAACCCAAUCACGGCCCCAAUGUUGCACACAUCUCAGAGUAUCUCCGUCAGCUUCGGUCCCCUUGAUUGUCGACAAAUGGACCGGCGUCACCUUGCACGGCAUAUCUAGGCCUGCUCGGUAUAAGUUCAUGAAGUUGCGCUUUCGUGCAACUUCCAAUAUGUCGGCCCUAUGGGGCUGAUUAAUUUCACCUGCAAUUGACUAGUUUACUAUUAUUUAUAUAAUCUCGUGUAUUAUCUUUCCAGCUAGCUGCCGAUCUGGAAACAACUAUCUUAUUUUCUCUUCUGCUGGGAAGAGACUUGUUGUUCUGAGUGUGCAUUGUCUGUCUCCCACUUUCAUCAACAAGGAGACACGCUGAGAAGAAGGAAACGAAUUGGGCACAAUGUUGCAACUCGCUUGCACCGCAGGCAUCGCACUGGGGAUCCUCUCCCACCUUCUACUCUUUAAGCAUGGCGAAUGGGACCGAUAUGCUCCCACUUUGGUGUUGUUCUACGCGUUUGCUAUGAGUGUACUGAGCCCAGUAGUGGUCUUCAUACUGAUGGAGCUCUCCAUGCUUAGCACAUUGUUGCUGGUGUCCACAUUCUGGAUAAGUUAUAUGACUGGGCUUUUCGGGAGCAUCGGUCUCUAUCGCGGCUGGCUCCAUCGUCUCACCCAGUUCCCAGGUCCGGUGGCUUGGAAAUUAUCCUCUUUCGGGUCAAUCAAGGCCUCUGUGGGAGAAUUCAAGUUUCCCGUAAAGGUACAACAACUUCACGAGACGUAUGGAGAUUUUGUUCGCAUUCGGCCCCGAGAAAUCUCAAUCAACCAUGUAGAUGCUGUUCGCGAUAUUCAUGGACCAGGGACUACCUGUGUCAAAGGCCCAUUCUACGACAUCACUUACCCAUUCAGAUCUCUCCAGAUGCUCCGUGACAAGGGCGCCCAUUCCAGAAGGCGGAGAAUCUGGGAUCGCGGACUUGGUAUAAAAGCCCUGACCACAUACGAGCCUAAAAUACUCGGCCACUGCGCAGAUCUCAUAAGCCAACUGAGCGCGAAAUCAAAGGGAGGCAAGCCUAUCCAUAUCGGCCCGUGGAUGAACUAUUUCGGCUUCGACGUCAUCGGCGAUGUUGCGUUUAGUAAACCAUUCAACAUGGUAAAAGAUGGGAAGGCGGCAGAAAUCCUUGAAGAUUUCCUGACGUCAAAGCCGGCAUUGGGAACGCUUAUCUGUGCCCCGUGGACAUUCAAUCUUGUGCAAAAUCUCCCUGGAUUGCGCAGGUUAUGGGAAGCACGGACAAAAAACCAUGCGCGCAAGAUUGCGGAAAGAAUGAAGCUAGGAACAACCUGCAAAGAUCUCUUCUCCUAUCUCCUCGAAGACGGCCCAGCCUCGCCCGCCGCUUCCGCCCCAUUAGUUUUCUCCGAAUUCUCCGUCCCCGGCGACCUCGCCUGCGACUCUGAACUAGCCAUCACCGCAGGCAGCGACACAGUCGCUGCAACUCUCACCUCCCUCAUCUACAUCCUCGCCACGCACCCAGAUAAGCAAACCCUCCUGCAGCAAGAGCUCGACACGCUCCUCACAGGCAUUGCCGACAUCUCGUAUCAAAAGCUGUCUGUUCCCAAUAACGCCCCGAUGCUCGAAGGGGUCAUUCUUGAAACCCUGCGCUUAUAUCCAGGGACUCCGGGGGGGAUGCAACGCAUGACGCCGCCGGAGGGUGCACGGAUUGCUGGCAGAUGGAUUCCCGGCAACACGCUCGUGUCUACGCCUACUUAUACCUUGCAUCGUGGUAAGUUACUUGACUCUCCCCCACACACCCUUUUAAACAACCCCCACCACCAUUUUGCCACACACGUACUCUCACGCACACACACACACACACACACACACACUCACUCACACCCCAGACCCGCGCAACUUCGAUCAACCAACCACCUUCAUCCCCGAGCGCUGGUCCUCGACACCAAACCUAAUAAAACACAAAGAAGCCUUCAACCCCUUCCUCAUAGGCACCAACUCCUGCGCCGGCAAGGCCAUUGCGCUCAUGGAACUACGCUUCGUGACCGCGCUGAUCUUUCGCAAGUUCACAGUACGCUUGCACACGGCUAAUGCUGCAAAGUCAUCGCCACUCUCGUUCUUCGAUGAGCAGAAACCGGGCUGGAGGGAUUAUUUCACGGCGAGCCCGCCGCCUUUUGAGGUUGUUUUGGAGAGGAGGGGGUAGAGACGUAGUUUGGAUGAUCGGCUAACUAUGUGAUGGGGGAUGGGGGGGUAUAUUUCGUCUGUUGGUUGGGAAAUGGAGGGAGCGGGGAGGAGAGGGGGAGAAUCGCAUGUUGCGGCGAUGGAUAUCACUUGUUUUCUUGAUUUUUAUUAUUAUUUUUUUUUACGACGAUUGAUGAUUUUUGACUUUGAUGGUAGGUAAACUGGUCGAAUAGCGUUCAUUAUUUGUUUGCUUUCUGUUGUUGAAAGCGGGUAAGGGAGGGCAGUCAUGUUUUCUUUUUCUUUUUUCUUUCUUUUCUUUAUUUCCACAUGUUGCUACUCUAUCAAAUGAUUAGGGGAGUAUAGUUGAGUGUCAGGUGUCAGAUUGAAUAUGGUCUCAGCAUUUUUUUUUCUUUUCUUUUUUAUGAAUAUUAAUAAUACUUAUCUUUUUAUCAUGCUGUCUAUCAACAUCUACACAAAC